UUUUACAAACCCUUGACCAAUAGCCCAGAACCAGUCAAAACUGUCCAGCCCUCGCUCGUGCGGCAUGGACGCAGAGACUCGAGUCGCAGUCGUAGGGAUCAAUGGCACACUUGGUGCCCCUGUCAUCAAGUCACUGACAAAGACCAGUUUCGAGUUGACGUUACUCACUCGUGACAAGAACAAAACGCAGCAGUUUGUUGAGUCGACAUUUCCCUCAAGCGAACGGAUCCACAUUACCGAAGUUGACUACACGUCCAACUCUUCACUCGUGUCAGCCUUGACAGGCCAGCACAGUGUAGUCAUCUUGAUCAGCCGGACUGUGGCGGACCCUCAUAUCAAGGUCAUUGACGCCGCGAUCGAGGCUGGGGUCGAACAAAUCAUUCCUUCUUGCUUUGGUCUAGAUACACGAAUCCCCUCGAUACGGGCUAAUCCGGCAUUGGAACAGAAACUCCGAAUGGAGGAUCAUGUCUUGCACCGGGCUGAGGACAAAUCCAAGAAAUGGUCCUACGCAAUGAUCCACACUGCCGUGUUCCUGGAAUGGUCUCUGACGGCCGGGGUCUUCAUCAAUAUGAAGGGCGGUGGAGAUGCUCCAACCAUGGUCUUUGAUGACGGUGACAGUAAAUUCGCCUUGAGCUCGUUCAACGACAUAGGCACCGCAAUAGUCAAUGUGAUUCGAAAGCGCCAUAGCCCGGAAGUCAGGGACAAGGUUCUUCUCAUGUCUUCGGUCCACACCACACAAAACGACUUGUUGGCCUACGCUAAGGGAUUCCGGCCAGAGAAAACGUGGCCGACAAUCCGCAUUGACAGUGCAGACGCACUGCGCAAGAGCCGAGAGGCUCUCGCAAGAGGAGACAGGACCCCUCCUGCAAUGUCUGGCUUUCUCGUUAGAGCCUACUCCGCUGACGGCAAUGGGUGGUUUCCUAAGCUCGAUAAUGACGUUUUGGGGGUUUCACUCAAGGAUGAAACAUUCCUCAAGGACGCUCUGAGAGACGCUUUGCAGGCCUGAAUGGCCAUUGCUGGGAACGCAUGGCAUUUCUGCAACAGAUAUAAUAGUAGUCUUGGGGGCAGCCAUGAUAAUUUCAUUGCACUGUGUUCCCAUGAAAGCAUCAAUAUGCAGCGAAGGUCACAUAGGUUCAAAGCAGGAAAGG